UUAUAGGUCUCUGUCGUGACAUGUACGUCAAGUUUUACACUACAUCCAUGUUUGUCAUGCAUGACAGAUGUCAGAUGACCUUCCUCAUUUCUAAUCUCUCAAAUCAUUAUUUUUAUCUGGAACGAGAGCUUUGUUAUUAUUUUUUUUCCUUGUGCUUGUUCUGUACCAUAAGAAAUCAUUGGGAUUUGCUAGAUAAAGAGUGACUCAGGAAAGAGGAUUACUUAACAUGUUUCAUCAGUGCGAAUCUUGCUAACAGUGAUUUGUGAAUUCUGCGUAUUUUUUUCAGCCUACCAAAAUGCUCUUUGAAAACCUCGACAAGUGUCUAAAAAAGAAUCCAAAUUUAUCGUACGAUGAAGCAUGUAUAGAUAUUAGAAAUACCUUUAGCCAAAAUGUCUCGAUUUACUACCAGUAUGAUGAAUGCCACAAGUGCAACUAUCAACUGCUUACAGUUCUUGAGCCACUUGCAAAUACUUCAGUGCUUGCUAAGACUAUAUCACCUAUACAGAUGUUUUACCGUUUAGAAGAUAAUGAUAAGUGCCAUUUUCAGAAGUUGCUCUAUGAACAUUAUAGAUAUGGCUGGAACAUCACAGAACAAUGUUCUCCACUCUAUGUUAAACAACCUGCUGAUGAUGCAUAUUUGCCUAUCUUGAUGGCAUUUGUAGUCUUGUUCUGCUUUGGCACAUUAUGGUAUAUGGUGAAGUGUAUUUAUAAAAAUAGUGGUAGGCUUCGACAACUUUUGGUAUGGAACACAGAAAUGGAAAUGGAUCUGGGCAGCUCUUCAGUUAGCACGCCACUGGUGAUUGAAAGAGUGCCAUCACAUAAGAAACAUCCACAUCGCAUAAAGUCCAUAGAUAUCUUUAGAGGGCUGUGCAUCAUCCUGAUGAUUUUUGUCAAUUAUGGAGGUGGCCAGUACUGGUUUUUCAAACAUUCUGUGUGGAAUGGAAUUACCAUUGCUGACCUUGUUUUUCCAUGGUUUCUUUGGGUGAUGGGCUUUUCUUUGUCCAUUUCACUUCAGAACAAAUUACGCCGUGCUGUUCCCCGACGCCAUCUAGUGUGCCAAGUAUUGAGAAGAUCGUUGAUCCUCGUCCUUCUGGGCCUCGUUCUGAAUUCGAACAAAAAUAUGUCUACAAUCGCCGAUCUGAGGUUCCCAGGAGUGUUGCAGAGGAUUGGAAUCUGCUACCUCUUCGUCGGUUUGCUUGAAGUUGUCUUCACGAAACGUACAGAAAUUGAGGUAAUUUACUUUGCAAAUAUAUCGCCAGUGUACGACAUAAUCUCGGCAUGGCCCCAGUGGUUCAUCGUCUCCAUUUUGGUAUUCAUCCACACAUGCGUCACCUUCCUGGCCGACGUACCCAGAUGUGGACGCGGUUAUUUGGGCCCAGGAGGUUUGGAUGAGGGUGGCAAGUACCAGAACUGUACUGGAGGGGUUGCUGGGUACAUCGACAGGGAGGUGUUUGGUGAUCACAUGUACAGGCAUCCAGCGUGCGAGAGGGUCUAUGAAAACGCGGUCUAUUUUGAUCCUGAGGGUAUUUUGGGCACUCUGACAUCCAUACUAACAGUAUAUUUUGGUGUACAAGCUGGAAGAACACUGAACACCUAUCAGAGUAUCAGGGCAAAAAUAAUUCGGUGGGCCAUUUGGGGCGUUACUACCGGCCUUGUGGGCGGAGCAUUGAGCGGUUUCUCUCGUGAUGACGGUCCAGUACCUUUAAACAAACAACUUUGGUCUCUUUCAUUUGCUCUUGUCACCUCAGGCAUGGCUUUUAUUAUCCAAGGAGGCCUCUUCCUCAUCGUAGAUAUCCUACGCAAAUGGGGUGGUCGACCCUUCUUCUACCCAGGCAUGAACGCCAUCAUACUUUACGUGGGACACGAGCUGAUGAGGGAUACUUUCCCCUUCGGUUGGAAGCCUACGUCCAGGACCCACGGUACCUUCCUAUUUAUGAAUCUCUGGGGUACCUUCCUGUGGGUCGCCAUAUCUAUUUUUUUGUAUAAACGUAAUAUAUUCAUGACGAUUUAAAGAGUGAUAUAUGCUUAUGAAGUUAUGUUUAUGGUAGAGGAGUGUAUUAUAUUAAUCAUACUCAAGUUUAUAUGUUCUAGGCUAGUGUAUUUUUAUUGCUCAGUUGACUGAUUUUUUUGGAUAUUGAUUGGUAUGUGUAUUUUAAGAACCUUGAAUAAAUUGAGUACUUAGUAA